CCUUGCCGGCGGCUCAGCGCGGACCCCAACAGUGUCCUCCCCCUCCUCGUCGCCUCCCCCGGUUGCGCUAGGGCUUUGCCCCCAUCCCCCCUCGAAACCCUACCCGCACCAUGCGCGAUCGAUCGGUCGAUCGCGAAUUCCCCAGCCGCGAGCGUGGGGAUCGGCCGCCGCCCGGGAUGCUGGGCCCUCCGCGCCGCGGGCCGGCGUACAAGACGAAGCUGUGCGCGCUGUGGCAGCGCGGCGGCUGCUCCCGCGACACCUGCAGCUUCGCGCACGGGCACGCCGAGCUCCGCCGGUUCCCCGGCUCGCGCACCUCGUUCCCGCCCCGCGCCGGGAGAAGAGAUUAUAGAGGCGGUGACUUCAGAGAAAGGUUUGAUAGGAGGCGUUCGCCUCACAGGAGGCAUUCCCCUGAUAGAGAUUCCAGGGAUCAUCGUCCUCUUCAUGAACAAAGACCAACUUCUCAAGAAAGGGAAUCUAGCUAUUCACGAUCCCCCAGCAGGAAGAGCGAUAGGAGGCAUGAGAAGAACCCUGAUGAUGGAGAAACCAACUCAUCCAGGAGCUUGAGUGUCUCUGACAAAAAUGAUGAUAGAAAAAAGGAGACACUCAGUGUUGAUGAUAAAGAGGAUCAAGAAAUACAGCUGAAACAAAUAAGGCAGGAUAUGGAACUUCUGCGUGAGGAUAAAUCUAACUUGGAGAUCAUUUUGGAUGAGAAGAACGCUGAAGUACGCAAGAUUUCUAGCAGGGUAAAUGAUCUUGACCUGCAGAUAAGGAAGGAAAAAGAGGAAUGCCACAGGAUGACCUCAAAAAUAAAGAAGUUCAUUAAAGCUCAUGCUCGCUUUUUGAAAGCACAGGAAGAAUUGAAAAGGUCACAAGCUCGUUUUGAGAGACUUGGUGAUUUGCUUGCUUCAGAUAUUCUGAAGCGUGGUGCUAACGAAGAAGUUUCCAGUGUCAAUGUUGAUGAAGAUCCAAAUGGGCCUUAUGAAAGGAGCCCAAAUGCUGCUACAACUAAGAAGAGAUCAAUCCCUUACUCAACAAGUGAAGAAGCAAAAGCCGUAAAGAAAAGGAGAGAUCGUGAUUCAGAAUUUGAUAAAUCAAGCAAGGGGACUGAGCCAACAAAAGCUUUAUAUUUGAAAAAGAAAUUGUGGGAAGAUGAAAAGGAUAAAAUAGGCACCUCGGCCAACACUGACAAGGUCAAAGAUUCUCCAGUCAAACAUGUUUUACCCUCCACUGGUAUGGCUGCUCAUGCUGUGGAUGAUCUAUUUGAAGCUGUUGAACUGGAGGAUAGGCAUGGUCCAAUAAACGCAUCAGUAGAAAAUGGUGCUGGUGACGAAACUAGGUCGCCUGCUAUGCCAUCACAGCCACCACCAGUGGUUAAUGCUUACGAGCAGUAUGAGGGUGAUGAUGAGGAAGUCGACGUGGAGUAAGUGGAUGUAAAGUCAAAUGUAUUUGGUCUUGUUGGGAGUUUGCCUUAUAUAAAAACAUCUUUGGUGGCAACCUAUAGUGGAUGCAGUUUUAAGCUGUUUGUUAUGUGCAGCUAAACAUUUUUCAUGAAUGUGACCCUAAAUAUCCUGUUACCUGUACCUAAUAAAUCCCUAGGUCGCUAAUCUUCUCAGUGCCCUGGUGCUAGUGAUGCCGUUUCCAUGUGUUCUGCUGAUGCUGUGCUGUUUUGUAGCUUGUGAAUAAUGAUGUUUUAUGAUCGUAUUAUUUGAGUUUAGUAGAUGCUGGUGAAGUGGGUUGGUACA